AUGGGUGUCAUCACCGCCGACAUGUCCAAUCUGGACUUUGUCCACCUAGUACAACUUCACCUGCCUGUUCCAACAAAUAGCAUCACUUUGCCCUCCGACGACGCGCUAAAGGCGGAUCAGCUGCGAUGGACAUUCGUACAGUCGGCCUACCUGCUUCCGCUCAUGCUGCUGGCCGGGCCCGUCCUCAUCUUCCAGUUGGUCAUCCUGGUCGGUCGACUCGGAAGCAAGCUGAGCCUGGCCGAUGGGCUGGCAUGGACGCUGGUGCUCACUGUGGGUGUGGUAGGGCUUAUGAUGCUGCUCACUGCCUUUGUGGGUGCUUCGGUCGCAGGCGUUGUGUUGACGAGGAUGGUGGCAUCCGCGGUGGUGGCCAGUGCAUUGGGACUGGUUGUGCAGGCUGUGCAGCUAUCGCCCCCGCCACCUUCGUGGACAACAUCCAAGGGUAAAGGCGCAGUUGUGGGGUUUCCAACUGUCGCGUUUGCUGCCAUCUAUGGUCUCGGUACUGCGUUUGCUUCUUCCUCCACCCUAGCCGGCUACCAGCUCGCCGGUGUGUUGCAGCGAUACCAUAUCGGCUUCCAGGGAACAGGAAGCGGCAGAAGGGAGGGCUAUCGAGGCGUGUUCCUGCUGGAAGGCGCUUUCAUCCUUGCGCUCUGCCCUGUCAUUGGCAUCUUCUUGAUGCUUCCUCGUCGGCUGACACCCACCUCAACUCUGGAAGCCGUGGACGAGGCUCUGGCGGAACCUCCAAUAGCACACGCAUCGCAGUCUGACUCCGAGCCAGGUGCGCAUAUCAAAGCCAUUGCUAGCUCGGACAUCGCUCCACACACCAAAACAGAGACGUCUCCUUUUGCCGACUCACCAACUGACGCCGAUAUCAAGCACGUCCUCCCGGAAGCGAACAUCGGCUCGACGCAUACGGCCAUCUCUGUCGACGACACGAAAGAAAAAGACAUGCCGGAGAAGAGAGUCUUUGUCAGUUUACGUCGCUUCUCAUCGUACUACACUUCCCCUUUCGCCAACGUUGCCAUCCUGAAUCGCAACAGCAGCAGCCUCCAAGCGGAAAACCCACCUUCCGCAGUGGCUGCCUCAGCGGUCGCAUCCAACAUUCGAGCGCUGCAGCAGCUGCACACGGGCUUCGGACGGUGGGUCUCUGCCCUACUCCGCAGGAUAAUGAUCUUCGUCUUCGGUGGCAUGGGUGUCGACGAUGCCGCAUUCGAUCUGAUCAGCGCCGGCACCUCGUCACGCGAAACUUUCAUCUGCGGUGUGCUGAUUGUCUCCAACACAGUCAUCGUUCAACUUGCGGUAGUCUCGCUGAUAGCACCGCUCAAAGCACCUGAUGAGCAGCAGACAGCUGGGACACAGCUCAAGGUCGUCCCCGCUCUGCCCGGGUUGCCGACACUGGCAGGUGGCGUGAGUGGGUGCAUCUCUGCUGUGGUGUGCAGCUUGCUCGCAACCACGAGACCGGACAGGGCCGCGGAGGGGAAAUGGCAGAGAUGGAGGAGCACACGGUGGUGGGUGCCGGCACUGCUGACUGCCUGUCUGGUGAUUACGCUCGUCGGCCUGGGGCUGGCAGUGGUAGCCAACACCAUGGUCCCUGCUGCUACGUGUGGAAGCUGGAUCAUGUACGUCGCCACCGGUGUUACCUAUGCUGGCAGCACGCCGCAGCUGCCUCUCGCACUGCAGCAGAUCUGCACAGUGCUCGACAGUGAGCUUGGAUGCACCGGCUCGCUACGACCACCUUCAACCGGCUCAGCAACGGACUCACAGCCAGCAGAGACAGCAAGAGUCGCCAGCUCCGCAUCAGUGCAAGCGAUACGCUGGGAACGCGUCGGGGCCAUGAUCUCAACGCUGACGACGAUAGCCGGCUCGGAACUGCUGACGGCUUGGGUCUUCUUGAUGCCCGAUGCGGCGCAAAAGGUGUUUCUGUUCACGAGUGCUGUGCUGGCAAUAGGUGGAGCUGUGUGGUUGAUGCUGCGGCAUACAAAGAGGCGUAUUGUGGAGACAGCUCUAUCAGGCGUGGAGUAA